AUGGCCGAUGUCUACGACGACUAUGAUUACGACGGAUACGUCGAUGAAGAUGAUACCAGCAUCACUCCCGAGGACUGUUGGACAGUAAUAUCGUCCUUCUUCGAGUCCAAAGGCCUGGUUUCGCAGCAGGUGGACUCUUUCGAUGAGUUCACGUCUUCUACUGUCCAAGAACUCAUCGACGAGUACUCCCAGAUCACGCUUGACCAGCCGAACCCGAUGUCCGAUAGCGACAAGAUUAUUGCUCUGCGUCGGUAUGAAGUCAAAUUCGGCACUGUCAUGGUUUCCCGCCCAUCCAUUACCGAAGCCGAUGGAAAAGUCACGACGCUCCUCCCCUACGAAUGUCGAGAUCGAAAUCUUACUUAUGCCAGCCCACUGUACGUUAAGAUUACGAAAAAGGUUUCUAUUGCUGUGGAAAAGCCGAUUCCCUUGAACGAGCUCGAUGACGAACAGCAAGAGGAACUGGCCAAUACGGGCGAACAUCCCACGAAGCUCGAAUGGGAAGAGGAAGAGAGUGGAGAGGACUACGGUGCCGACAAGAACAAGUCUGACGACAUGAAAGACAUGAUUUUCAUUGGCCGAAUGCCCAUUAUGGUCAAGUCGAAGAUCUGUCACCUAAGCAGUGAGCAGGAGGACGAUUUGUUCAUGUUGAAUGAAUGUCCAUACGACCAAGGAGGUUACUUCAUCAUCAACGGCAGUGAAAAGGUCCUCAUUGCCCAAGAACGAUCCGCGGCAAAUAUCGUGCAGGUUUUCAAGAAGGCUCAGCCGAGUCCUUACUCGUAUACAGCUGAGAUCCGUAGUGCUCUUGAAAAGGGUUCCCGACUCAUUUCGAGCAUGAUGUUGAAGCUUUACAGCAAGGGUGAUGCCGCAAAGGGCGGAUAUGGCCAGACCAUUCACUGCAGCCUCCCCUACGUCAAGUCCGAUUUGCCCAUUGCCAUCGUUUUUCGAGCUUUGGGAGUAGUGUCCGACGAGGACAUCUUGAAUCACAUUUGCUACGAUCGAAACGACAGUCAGAUGCUCGAAAUGUUACGACCAUGUAUCGAGGAGGCGUUUUGUAUCCAGGACAGAGAAGUUGCUCUUGACUUCAUCGGCAAACGAGGUAGUAACCACAACAUUCCAAGAGAAAAGCGUGUGAGAACCGCCAAGGACAUCUUACAGAAGGAGACACUGCCGCACAUUUCUCAGAGCGAAGGCAGUGAGACUCGCAAGGCCUUUUUCUUGGGAUACAUGGUUCACAAGCUGCUCCAGUGCGCUCUAGGUCGACGCGAUACCGACGAUCGUGACCACUUCGGUAAAAAGCGUCUUGACCUUGCUGGACCUUUGCUUGCGAAGCUAUUCCGCAAUAUUGUUCGCCGCAUGAAUCAGGAACUGUCCGGUCAUCUUAAGCGCUGUGUUGAAUCUAACCGGCAGUUCAGUCUGACACUCGGCGUUAAGCCGCAGACCCUUUCCAACGGAUUGAAAUAUUCAUUGGCUACCGGUAACUGGGGAGACCAAAAGAAGGCCAUGAGUUCGACUGCUGGAGUGUCUCAGGUGCUCAACCGUUACACCUUUGCAUCUACACUUUCCCAUCUCCGGCGCACUAACACGCCCAUUGGCCGUGAUGGCAAGCUCGCGAAACCCCGUCAACUUCACAAUACUCACUGGGGCUUGGUCUGCCCCGCUGAAACUCCAGAAGGACAAGCUUGCGGUCUCGUCAAGAACCUGUCUCUGAUGUGCUACGUCAGUGUCGGCACACCUGCUGAACCGAUCAUUGAUUACAUGAUUCAACGAGGCAUGGAGGUACUUGAGGAAUACGAGCCACUAAGAUAUCCCAAUGCCACCAAGGUAUUUCUUAAUGGAGUCUGGGUAGGUGUUCAUCAAGAUCCGAGAAUCUUGGUGCCUGAUGUACAGGGUACUCGUCGGCGCAACGUCAUCUCUCAUGAGGUUUCCCUUGUUCGUGAUAUUCGAGAUCGCGAGUUCAAGAUCUUUUCCGACGCUGGAAGAGUCAUGAGACCUGUCUUUGUGGUAGAACAAAGUCCAACUGGUAUCGUCCCACAGGGUUCCUUAGUCCUGCAAAAGGCCACCGUCAAUGAGAUGCGUGACCAACAGGAAAACCCUCCUGACAACCCGGCUGACAAGAUUACGUGGGAAUCGCUGGCUCAUAGCGGAGUUAUCGAAUACCUCGAUGCCGAAGAAGAAGAGACAGCUAUGAUAUGUAUGACGCCGGAGGAUCUGGAGAUUUACCGGCUGCAAAAGCAAGGACAAGUCAUCGAGGAGGACAACACAGAAGAUCGGAACCGCCGGUUGAAGACCAAGAUCAAUCCAACAACGCACAUGUACACCCACUGCGAAAUUCAUCCUAGUAUGCUACUGGGUAUUUGCGCCAGUAUCAUUCCCUUCCCUGACCACAACCAGUCUCCUCGUAACACGUAUCAGUCUGCCAUGGGCAAGCAAGCCAUGGGCUUUUUCUUGACAAACUACUCCCGCAGAAUGGAUACAAUGGCCAACAUUCUUUACUACCCGCAGAAGCCGCUUGCAACAACCCGAUCUAUGGAGUUCCUCAAGUUCAGAGAGCUGCCGGCUGGUCAGAAUGCGAUUGUCGCCAUUGCCUGCUACUCGGGAUACAACCAGGAGGAUUCCGUGAUUAUGAAUCAGAGUAGUAUUGAUCGAGGCCUUUUCAGGAGUCUUUUCUUCCGGUCCUACACCGACUGUGAGAAGCGCGUGGGCAUCAACCUAGUGGAGCAGUUCGAGAAGCCGUUCAGGAGCGAUACACUCCGUUUGAAACAUGGCACUUACGAUAAGCUUGACGAUGAUGGUAUUGUUGCUCCUGGUGUCCGUGUUUCGGGUGAGGAUAUCAUCAUCGGUAAGACGUCUCCGAUCAAUCCUGACAAUCAGGAACUGGGCCAGAAGACAACACAGCAUGUCAAACGCGACGCCUCUACACCUCUUCGGAGUACUGAGAACGGCAUUGUGGACUCGGUCAUUGUCACAACUAAUCAAGACGGCCUGCGCUAUGUUAAGGUUCGUGUCAGGACAACGAAAAUUCCGCAGAUUGGCGACAAGUUUGCCUCCCGUCACGGUCAGAAGGGUACUAUUGGUGUUACAUACCGGCAAGAGGAUAUGCCCUUCACCUGCGAGGGUAUUACUCCCGACAUCAUCAUCAAUCCUCACGCCAUUCCAUCUCGUAUGACAAUUGCGCAUUUGAUUGAGUGUCUGCUUAGUAAAGUUUCAACCUUGAAGGGUAUGGAGGGCGAUGCCACGCCGUUCACGGAUGUAACUGUCGAUUCGGUUUCCCAGCUUCUUCGCGAUCAAGGUUACCAAUCGAGAGGAUUUGAGAUCAUGUAUAAUGGUCACACCGGCAGAAAAUUGCGGGCUCAAGUAUUUUUUGGGCCUACCUACUACCAGCGUUUGCGUCAUAUGGUCGACGACAAGAUCCAUGCUCGUGCGCGUGGUCCUGUACAGAUCAUGACCAGACAACCUGUUGAGGGUCGUGCUCGUGAUGGUGGUCUUCGUUUCGGAGAGAUGGAACGUGAUUGCAUGAUCGCUCACGGCGCAGCUUCGUUCCUCAAGGAGAGGUUAUUCGAAGUUUCAGAUGCAUUCCGAGUUCACGUUUGCGAGAUUUGCGGGUUGAUGACACCCAUCGCAAACCUCUCAAAGCAGUCUUUUGAGUGCCGUCCCUGCAAGAAUAAGACGAAGAUUGCACAGAUCCAUAUCCCCUACGCUGCUAAGCUGCUGUUCCAGGAGCUGCAAUCUAUGAAUAUCGCAGCGCGCAUGUUCACCAACAGAUCUGGAGUGUCAAUUCGAUAA